GCUGAUAAACACGCAGAGCCUCGUUUCUACUGCGUUUCAAAACAAGCUAAAAUGGCGUCUUCGCCUUUCAACAACCCUCUCUGUGAUUGGUUGGCUGAAAUUGUGGAACCGUUUUCAUUGGUUUCCGGUUUGUUUUGGCUGUUUACUUCCGGUGUAUGCCCGGGAACGUGCUGUAGAGCUGUGCUCGGAGUAAGUUGUGCUGAACGAUUACUUUCCGUGUUUGGGGUGCUAACAGGCGGAUUUCUGGGGAAACCGAGCCAUAAGCGGCUCACCUCAACAGCCUGCUCGCUCUGACCCCUCAGAACCGCCAUGGCGGACACAGACGGCGCUCAGCCCGGUGAAAGCAGCCCGAAGUCCGGCCUGGAGGAGCCGGGAGAAGGAGGUGACGGAGGAGGUGGUGGCCUGGCGGAGGCCCAGGGACAGGUGUUGGAAAGGUGUCUUCACGCGCUCAGCCACGCGAAAAACGACAGUCACACGUUGGCUGCACUGCUGCUGAUCACUCGCUUGUGUCCGGCUAAGCAGCUGGACCGGCCCACCCUGCGCCGCAUCUUCCAGGCCGUGGGCCUGGACCUCCCCGCCCGGCUGCUGGUGACCGCCCUCCAGGGCAGCGAGGGCCCGGCCUUGCCCCCGGACGAGCUCCUGUCUCUGGGCUCGGCCCUGCUGGCGGCCCUGAGCACCGACCCGGACAUGGCCUCGCGCCCCCAGCUCCUCAGCACCGUGCCCAUCCUGCUGGGCGUCCUGGCAAACGGUCCGGGCUGGAAGCAGCAGAACUGGGCCGGACACAGUCCAGACGCUGAGGUCCCGUUGGGCUGUGGCGAAUCGGGGGAGCCGGGGCUGGACCAGGCCGUGGCUGCAGACUGCUACCAGGUGCUGACGGCCGUGUGUGCCUCUCCCAGGGGGGCCGAGCAGCUCCUGAACCGGGGCGCCGUCCCGGCUCUUUGCCAGGCGGUGCGGCAGAACCGGACCCUGAGCCACCAGAGGGGGCUCCCCCUGCUGGGGGGCCUCCUGUGUGGUCCCACAAAGGACAGAGCGUGGAGCAGACACUCCGCAGAGCUCCGUGCUCUGCUGCUCUCCCUCUGCACAGACUUCUGCCGGGCCUCGGACCAGAACCGGCUGGGUCUGUGUGCCCAGCUGGUGCAGUUCCUGCCCCCGGCGGGGCAGGCCGGUGCAGACGGCGAGGAGCUGAGGGGCGCCGUGGGCCGGGUGUGGGAGGCCAUGCGGCCCAUGCUGCAGGCUAAGCUAACGCCCCGACAGAUCGGGCCGGUCCUGGUGCUCAGCGCCUGCCUGCUGGACCUGUUCGGCUGGGAGCAUGUGGGUUCCCCAAAGUUCUGCUGCCUGCUGGUGAACCGGGCCUGCGUGGAGGUCCGGAUGGGUUUAGAGGAGCCGCCCGGGACCGACUUGAGCCUGGAGCUGCAGCACACGCUGACAGGCUGUUACCGGAUCAUGGAGGCCGCCAUCGAGCAGGCGUGUGGCGACGCCCAGGCCCCGCCCCCCCACGCCGGCGCCUCUGCUCUCAGCCUGCAGCAGAGCCGGCAGGUCCUCGGGGUCCUGGAGGAGGCCUUCAAUGCUGUGGUGUACCACCUGCAGCAGGUGGACCCCAGUCGCUAUGACGACCCCUUUGUGUUCGCCACCUUCCGCUCGCUGUGCUCGUGGCUGGCCGAGGAGACUUCCUGUCUGAAGCAGGAAGUGACCGCGCUGUUGCCCUUCCUGAUUGGCUACGGGCGGCGCCACCUUCAGGACGGGAUGCCCGGACUGUCUGAGUGGGCGGCCAAGGCGUCGGGCGGAGAGGAGGGCGGGGCCUGCAGGGGCGGGCAGGCUCUGAGGUACCUGCUGCCGGCUCUGUGCCACCUGUCGGCGGAGGAGGCGCCCAGGAAGGUGCUGCUCAGCCUGGAGGCGCCGGCCCUGCUGCUGGACUUCCUGUCGCAGGGCUGGGGUCACCUGAAGAAGAAGAGCGGCGCGGCCAGAGACCCCGGCCUGGAGACGGCGUGCUCCGCCCUGCUGAACUUCGCCGUCACCGAGCCAGAGCGCGUCAGGACGGACCCGUGUUUCAGGACCCUGGAGGCCCAUCUGAGCGAAGCACUUCCUGCUUUGGUGAACAAGCCCCGCCUCCGGGUCCUGGCAGCCAAUUACUGCUGUCUGGGGCUGAUGAUUGGCAGGCUGAGGUCUCCUCCUCCAGGACCUUUAGCAGCCAACCAGCGGCGCUUCUUCUCGGCGGCGUUGCGGCUACUCAGCGGCGCCCUGGACCCGGGGCGGGGCGGCGGCGGCUGGGAGGAGAGCUGGGCGGAGGCCGGCGAGCUGUGGCGGCUGAGCCUGCAGGCGCUGGGGGGCUGCGUCCGGGCCCAGCCCGGCCUGGCGGCGCUGCUCAGGGAGGAGGGCUGGCUCAGACACGCGCUGGGCGGCGUGCUGGGCGGCGAGCGGGCCGACCGCCACACCGAGGAGGCGCUGGAGGAGGCGCUGUGCGCUGCAGCGGAGGUGUGCCCCGACUGUCGGCAGGAGAUCGCCGACGCCGUGACGAGCAGCGAGGGGGGAGCAGCCAGCAGGAUGAGCAGCCUGAGGGGGCUCCUGAGGGUCUCAUGA